CGAGCCGGCGCGGCGGGGGCGGGCCCAGGACCUCCGGCGGACCUUCCAUUCUCCGGGGCGGGAGCGGAGUCCCGGCGCCCGAUCGGGCUGGGCCCGCGCCCAUGGCUAGUGGGGCCUGCCCGGGCCCCGGGGACCCUGCCAUGUGAGGCAGGCCCGGGCUGGGGGCCCGGCCAUGGCCGGGGAAGGCCCCCCACUGCGGGGCCCUGGGCCCGGGCCGGGAGAGGCGCCGGGGGAGGGGCCCCCGGGGCCGGGGGGCGCGGGCGGAGGCCCGGGCCGGGGCCGCCCCUCCUCCUACCGGGCCCUCCGCAGCGCCGUGUCCAGCUUGGCGCGCGUGGACGAUUUCCACUGCGCCGAGAAGAUCGGGGCCGGCUUCUUCUCUGAGGUCUACAAGGUUCGGCACCGACAGUCCGGGCAAGUCAUGGUGCUGAAAAUGAACAGGCUCCCCAGUAACCGGGGAAACACGCUACGGGAGGUGCAGCUGAUGAACCGGCUUCGGCACCCCAACAUCCUAAGGUUCAUGGGGGUCUGUGUGCACCAGGGGCAGCUGCACGCUCUUACAGAGUAUAUGAAUGGGGGAACCCUAGAACAGCUGCUCAGCUCCCCCGAACCCCUAUCCUGGCCUGUCAGGCUCCGCCUGGCUCUGGACAUCGCCCGUGGCCUGCGGUACCUGCAUGCCAAAGGGGUAUUCCACCGAGACCUCACAUCCAAGAACUGUCUGAUCCGACGGGACGACCGAGGCUUCACAGCUGUUGUGGGUGACUUCGGCCUGGCUGAAAAGAUUCCUGUGUAUAGGGAAGGGGCAAGGAAGGAGCCAUUGGCUGUAGUGGGUUCUCCGUACUGGAUGGCUCCAGAGGUGUUGCGGGGUGAGCUGUAUGAUGAGAAGGCCGAUGUCUUCGCUUUUGGGAUCGUCCUCUGUGAGCUCAUUGCGCGAGUACCAGCGGAUCCUGAUUACCUACCGCGUACUGAGGACUUUGGCCUGGAUGUGCCUGCUUUCCGGACCCUUGUAGGGGAUGACUGCCCACUGCCUUUCCUGCUCCUGGCCAUCCACUGCUGCAGUAUGGAACCUAGCACUCGUGCUCCCUUCACCGAAAUCACCCAGCACCUGGAGUGGAUCCUGGAGCAGCUGCCUGAGCCAGCACCCCUCCCCAGGGCUCCCCUGACACACAGUCAGGGCUCUGUUCCAAGAGGGGGUCCCUCUGCCACGCUUCCCAGGCCAGACCCCCGGCUCUCCCGAAGCCGGUCCGACCUCUUCCUGCCCCCAUCACCAGAAUCACCCCCCAACUGGGCAGACAGUCUGACUCGAGUCAACCCCUUCUCACUACGGGAAGACCUCAGGGGUGGCAAGAUCAAGCUCCUGGACACACCCAGCAAGCCAGUCGCCCCCCUGCCCCUUGUGCCACCAUCACCACUGCCCUCCACCCAGCUGCCCCUGGUGACCACUCCAGAGACCCUGGUCCAGCCUGGGACACCAGCCCGCCGCUGCCGCUCGCUGCCAUCAUCCCCUGAGCUCCCCCGACGUAUGGAGACAGCACUGCCAGGUCCUGGCCCUCCCGCUGUGGGCACCUCGGCCGAAGAAAGAAUGGAGUGUGAGGGCAGUAGCCCUGAGCCAGAACCCCCAGGACCAGCUCCCAAGCUGCCCCUGGCCGUGGCCACAGACAACUUCAUCAGCACUUGUUCCUCGGCCUCCCAGCCCUGGUCCCCUAGAUCAGGACCUCCCCUUAACAACAACCCCCCAGCUGUGGUGGUGAACUCCCCACAAGCCUGGGCUGGGGAGUCCUGGAACCGGGCCCAGCAUAGCCUGCCCCGGGCGGCAGCCCUGGAGCGGACAGAACCCUCACCGCCCCCUUCAGCUCCCCGGGAGUCUGACGAGGGGCUGCCCUGCCCUGGCUGCUGCCUUGGCCCCUUCAGUUUUGGCUUCUUGUCCAUGUGCCCCCGCCCCACACCAGCUGUUGCCCGCUACCGCAAUCUGAACUGUGAGGCGGGCAGUCUCCUCUGCCACCGUGGGCACCAUGCCAAGCCACCCACACCCAGCCUGCAGCUGCCUGGGGCACGCUCUUAGCAGUGGGGCCUAUCGUCUCAGGCCUCCAACUUUGGCCUUCGGGACGCCCUGUGAGGACAGAGCACAGAUGCUGGACAGUGCCAGCCCCAGAUGGGCUGACCCACCCUUCUCCCUGUACAGGAGAACCUCAGCAUGGACUUGAGAGACAGAACAUUUCCUAUUCAACCCCUGGGCUUGCUCUCCCGUGGGAAUCACUGAACCAGACACAGCAUUGCUGAUACACGAGACUAACACGUGCAAAUUAUUUAAAAAUAUUUCAAUAAAACUGCCUGGCUGGCUCCGGGCUGCCCCUA